CUGUUUGACUUUGGCCAGGAGGAGAGCGACAGAACAAUGCUUCGCCUGUUUGCUUUGCGUGCGUGUGGGCUGCCAUCACUGGCAGCCCAAGGUGGUCUGAGACUCGGAGCCUUGAGGUCGGGCUUUUCCACGCUCCAGCAGGCACCGAGGGCGCUGCUUCGUCCACAGCCCGUUGUGUCGACGCCGGUAUCAAGGGCACUGGAACUGAAGGAGCUGAUGGGCCAGGUGUCGCAGAUGCGUAUUGUUCCGCCUUCGAUUGCUGAGAGGUUGGAGGAACUACAGGAUGCGCCAGAGAUGAGGGCGGACUCUGUGUUGAGAAAGAGAAGACUCAAGAUGAAGAAGCACAAGCUGAGAAAGAGAAGAAAAGCCCAGAGGGCGCUUAGAAAGAAGCUGAAGAAGGACUGAGGAGUGGCAGCGUGUUCCGCGUGUGUCUCUGUCUCUCUAUUACCAUGUACAUACAACAAAUCACAACGAGUACGCCUGUCACAGGGCGUGCGGUUCACUACAGAUGGGAAUGUA